AAUCCUAGUUUUAAAAGUCAUAAAAGUUACAUUCAAGUGCAAGAGCAUAUUAAGGAACGGACUCAAAAUGUGUAAGAUAACUAAUCACAAAGCUAUAGUUAAGAACAGAAGCAGAAUCAGAUCAGGAAGUUAAAGUCCGUUUAGAGAUGAUUUCAGGCUGAUGGUGCAGAGUAAGAGAAGGUUGUCUUCCCUAAUUCUGGGUGGACUGAGGGGACACAAAGUAAUAAUAAAUUAGUUAAUAGAGACGUAUAAACAAUAGCAAACUGAUUAAAAUUCUAAGUAAUACAGGGAAUGUUAAAGUUGUGCAUUUAAGUAAAGGUGUGUCUGAAAAAGGUGCCUUUAGCUGAACUUUAAAAACCCACUGAUUUCUAUCUGGUAUUAGAUAGAGAGUCUUGGUACUUAAGUGUGAGCUAAAAACAGGACAUUUUAAGAAGGGCAUUUCUGAAACUGUUAUUAAAAUCUUGAAACUGGCCUGUGACUGUUUGGAAGAGACUGUCUGGUGGUUGGUUCACGUUUUGUUGAUCAAACACAGACAAGAGUCAGGGCUUUCCCUGGGAAAAAAAAAACAAGGUUCAGGUUACUUUUAAAGGUCAUCUACUAGCCCAGCCUGGUGUGGGUCUACAUGAGGCUGAUCUCUGCUUUCUUUACCUGGGAGGGCCUUCCCCAGGUGUGCCUGGAUCUGAUUGGAGGAUUCAUGGUGCAGCAGGUGAAACCUGAGAUGCUGGUAUCUGCACACCUGUGAGCUACGCCCAUCGCUGUCCCUUCCUCUUUCAGUCGAAGGUUUGUGUGUGUGAGAGUGCAAUGGCAGCCGCAACUAUCUCUGUAGAACAAGACCAGUUUUGCUGUCCCGUGUGCCUAGAGGUUCUGCGAGAUCCCGUGACAAUCCCAUGUGGACACAGCUACUGUCUGGACUGCAUUGAGGAUUACUGGAACACAGCGAAGCAGAAAGACCAGUACAGCUGCCCCCAGUGCAGACAGGUGUUCAAUCCUAAACCCCUGCUGAGCAGGAACACCGUUUUGGCCGAAGUGGUGGAACAGUUUCUGAAAAGUGAAGUUCAGCCUGCGGCUCAGCACCUGGGGAAACUCGAGGCGGUGAAAUGCAGCGUCUGCAAGGGCAAGAAGAACAGAGCUGUGAAAUCCUGUCCCCAGUGCCUGGAGUCUUUCUGCCUGGCUCACCUCUGGACACAAGUGCCUUCUCAGGUGCCGGUGGUGGAGGAGAGGGCCAAUCAGCAGAAAAAACUCAAAGAAACUUCUCUGAAGUCAGUACAGAAACUGAAGGAUGCAGAGAAGGAACUGAUAUACGCCAUAAGAUACAUGAAGCAUUCCACAGAGGCUGUGGUGGAGGAGAGUGAAAGGAUUUUCUCCAAGUUGAUUCGAUCCAUUGAGAAACAAAGUGGAGAGGUGAAGGAGAUGAUCAAAUCCCAGGAGAGACUGGUGGUUGGUCAGGCUGAGGAGAUGCUGGAAAAGAUCCAGAGGGAGUUGGCUGAGCACCGGAGGACAGAGGCUGAGCUGGAGAGGCUGUCUCGCACGGAGGACCACAUCCACUUCCUCCAGAAAUGCAAGUCUCUCCAUUUCCCUAUGAAGACUGUGGAGAUGCCCAACACGGAUCCCCUUACGUAUUUCAUGUAUAAAACAAUGCGAGACAGCCUGGGCGACCUGAGAGGAGGUCUGGAGGAAACACUUCAAAGGGAAUUCAGCAGAGUUUCAGAUAAAGUAAACUCGCUGAAGGAGAGCAUCAAUCCAAACAUCAGUGAAAAGACCAAAGCUAGAGACGCCGACAUUCCUUACACCACAGAACCAAGGAAAAGAGCAGAUUUUCUCCAAUAUUACAACGACUUGACGUUGGACAUGAACACUGCCAACUCCUACCUGAGCGUCUCCGACAGCCGGAGGUCAGUGACAACCCGCUCAGAGCCGCAGCCCUACCCCGACCACCCAGACCGCUUCACCAGCUGGGCCCAGGUGUUGUGCAGAGCAGGAAUAGCGGGCCGGUGUUACUGGGAGGUGGAGUGGGCUGGGAGUGGGGGGGUCUCAGUUGGCAUCUGCUACAAGAACAUGAGCAGGAUUGGAGGAGGGAGCGACUGCAAACUGGGCCAUAACUCUAAAUCCUGGAGCUUAGACUGCGUCAACACCACCUGCUCGUUCCAGCACAACAAGGAAAGCAUUGCCAUCAUGACUCCCUGUGGGAGCCGGAUAGGAGUGUAUCUGGAUUUCAGGGCUGGGACUCUAACGUUCUACAAUGUUUCUGAUUCAAUGAUUCUGCUCCAUAAGGAGAAGACCACAUUCACCCAGCCAGUGUACCCGGUGUUUUGGGUCGGCUUGGGGUCGACACUGAAGGUGUGCUCUCUUUAA